AUGACUUUGUUUAGUGAGCUUGACAAACUCAUCUCUUCCCAAAGGGAUGUGUAUGUUGAUCCCAGCCAGUUCUUUGCUUCGCUCGGCUCACCUUCCGUAUCAAUUGCGGUCCUUGACCAUGGCGACAUUACAGCUCGAUGCUAUUCUACGAUUGGAGGCGAUGCCAGCACGCGCUUCCAGGCUUGCAGUAUAUCUAAGUCCGUCACUGCUUUGGCUGUCAUUAGACUUGUGGACCAAGGUCGGCUGAAGCUGGAGGACAAAAUUGCACACUUCUUGCCAAAGAACAUAGUCGAGAAUCUCGGGCCUGCUGCCUUGGUCGAAGAGAUUACUAUUGAACAAAUCUUGAGCCAUACCGCGGGGCUGACGACCUCAGGCUUCGAGGGCUAUAGCGGUGUUGACCACCCAAGUCCGACUGAAGUCGUGCUUGGGGAGCGCCCUGUCAACUCUAUGCCAGUCCAAGCUAUCGGAAUACCUGGCCGGCAAUGGUCAUAUUCGGGUGGGGGGUACUGCCUUCUGCAGCUCGCGCUGGAAAAGCUCACCUCCCAGCCAUUCGUCGAGCUGAUGGACGAGCUGGUAUUGCGGCCACUGGAGAUGAAUGACUCCAGCUACGGAACGCCGGGUGACGAAGUAGAUUUAGCAACUCCGUAUUGGACCGGUGUCACGCCCAGCCCACACUGGCAUUAUUUCCCCGAGUUGGCCGCUGCCGGACUUUGGACGACUCCAAGUGACCUGUGUAAGGUUUUGCAUGCAGUGCAAAGAUCCCUAGCUGGAAGCGACGGCGCUUUCUUAAAGCAGAAUACAACAAAAAGGAUGCUCACGGAGGUCGCAUCAAGCGGAAUGGGUUUGGGGUGGGUCGCUCCAAAAGACCCGGGCACCUUCUUUGGGCAUACUGGAUCAAACGACCCAGGUUACAGAUGCGUGGCUAUGGGAAUUGCAGAUAUUACCGGUCAAGGCGAGGGCUUUUCGAAUGGGGAGUGCGGUAUCGUGAUCAUGACGAACUCAUCCUCCGGUAUUCUUCCGGGAUUCACUGCCCUGCAAACAAUUAAUUUCCUCAAGGGGUGGCGCCAAGGGGCUACAACCAGCCAAAGCAUGGCGUUCGUCACGCCAUUGAAACUACCCAACCACGCGAUCCGUAAAGACUGGAAGGAUUGGCAGGGUCGAUGGGUUGAGAAAUCCGACGAGUGGACCAUUGAGGCUGAUAGCGAUGGGCACCCACAGAUACGCUGGCGUGAGAGAUCGCCAAUCAAGCUGUUCCCUGCCGCCAUCUGCUCCACGUUGUCUGCAGAGGGAGAAUCCCUCGACUUGGUCUUGGAUGGUGUUGGAGCAAUGGUGCGACUGGCUUGGAGAGACGGAGAACGGUCCGUGGAUUACAUGGAUGGUUUGACAUACGCAAUCACGGAGCUGUCGAGAGCUAAGUAA